UUUCAUUUCAAAUCAAAUGAUAUUGACAAUCGAAAAAUCGUCAUCAAAGACAUAGUGGUUGGUAGACACACUAACGUACUGUAUAAGGUUGUACGUAGUACUGUUUCUGUAUGCAAAGAUAGGUUCUGUUAAGUAUAAUAUGUACCUCUUACCCUUUAGGUACUUACCCAACGCUGUUUUUUUAGUAAUACCUGUUCUUUUCUCUUUUUACUAAUCCAUGAUUUGCUGACUUGUAAAGGUGUAUUAAUAUUAUAGGGUACAAGAUAAGAUCUUGUCUGAUGAAGAAGAGCUGAUUUUAAAAUCUAAGUUGACCACCAAAACAUGAAACUUACAUCAGAUGUUCUUAGAAAAGAAAGAAUUGACAGUUAGGUACAAGAACCCCUUGAACAAACGAAUCUGUAGUAGACAAGGAGAUUGCAGGUUGCAGUCAAAAUAUUCCAAGAAGUCCCAAAAGCAUUAGAGAAUUAAAGAAAUUAUAUGAAAUUGAUGCCAACUUAAGAAAAUUAAAUGAUAAAGAAAAUAUAAGUGAUUCAAAUAUGAAAGAGUCAUCAAUAAAUCAAUCUGAGAGUUUUGAAGAGUGGCUUGAGAAGUUAAAUGCUAAACACAAAGCUUUCAUGGAAAAUGCACGAAAAUCUAUCAAUGAAAUGCUUGAGAAGUAUGAUUCUCGACCAAAAAUAGGUGCUGACAAAGAAACUCCCAGCUACAGAUGCAGUUCCUAUGAAGAUUCAUGUUUAGAAUUCGGUGGCAAAUUUAAUAAAACAGAGUCAACAUCCAAUAGAAUGACUGUUGAUCCACAUCCAGGACAGAUGGCUGGCAACACUUUUAACAAAAAUAAUGAAGAAGUAUUAAAAUCACAUAAAGAACCAUGCAAAGAUUGGCAUAUUGCACAUAAACUUAUUUCUGAAAAGUCAAGUGCAAUUGAUUCAAAUGAAAAUGUUGUAUUGCAACUGAAAAAUAAAGAAAAACCUACUAGCUUCAACCAUCCAAGCUGUUCAGAAAGUCAGUUCAAAUUUGACUCCAAGUACAAAAAGAUACAAAAAUCUAAAGAAAAUCAUGCACCACAAAAGUCUACAAUUGCCACCAAAGAGAACAAUGAAAGAAAAAACCCAAAAAAAUCUAUAAUCAAAUCAAUUGAAUUGAAGCAUGAGCUGACCAUACCAAACAAUGGUAAAGAAAAUCAAAGACUUGCAGGCCUUCCAGAUUUAACUCCAGAACAAGAGAAUUUAGUAGACACAGCACUUAAGUCAACACCUGCAGACAAAGUACUUAUAGGGAAAUAUAAAAUUAAUAUAUUCAAGGAAGAUUUGGAAACUCUAUCAAGAGAUAAGUGGUUGAAUGAUAAAAUAAUAAAUUUCUACAUGAACCUCAUAAUGCAGAGGAGUAAAGAACGCAAGGACUUGCCGAAGCUCUAUGCUACCAAUACAUUUUUCUAUCAUAAGCUCAAAUGUAGUGGAUAUAAUGGAGUAAAAAGUUGGACGAAAGAGGUAGAUAUAUUUGCGUACGACGUCAUCGUGGUUCCAGUUUAUUUGGGAAACCACUGGUGUGUCAGCUUCAUAAAUUUCCGAAAACGCAAAAUUGAAUAUCUCGACAGUCGUGUGCAAAAAAACGACUCGCACACCUGUCUUGAUGCACUGUUGCAGUAUCUAAAGAAUGAACAUCAAGAUAGGAAGGGGGUGCCUUUCGACGAUAAUGGCUGGGAGACGAAAGUCCGUGAAGAUAUUCCGCAGCAAAGGAAUAACUAUGACUGCGGCAUUUUUAUGUGCACUUUCGUGGAGUUCUCGUCCCGUAAUGCAGCCUACACGUUCACGCAGGCACACAUGCCCUACCUGCGCCGCAAGGCCGCGCUGGAGAUAAUCACUGGAAAACUGCUACUCUAGUGAUCUUAAAAAUAAUUUACAUAUAAUUUAUUAUAAAGAAUUAAUUUUACUAGGUAUUGGUUACAAUGGAUACUUAAUCUGAUGAUAAGUUUCUAAAGAAUGUACAUGUCCUCAAUAAUAUGCAAUUGAUAUUAUUUAUUUAUUCAACAACUCAUUAAGAGGAGAUAAGGUAUAUCUCCUCUACAGAUUGUAAGAUAUGAAUAUGUGUGAUGAGAUUGUAUCACAUUAGAUUUCUAUUUAAGUGUAAAAGGUUUACUGCCUCAAAAAUUUUCAAAUUUUGGCUAGGCAAACAUUUGUGCUGCAGAAUUGAUUCUGCAUGAAGCAAUUCUUUGUUUCAUAAAUUAUUAUUGCUGUGGUGCAGAAAGAGUGAUGAUAUGUGAUAUAAACUUUUGUAUGUUUAUAUAAAAUGGAC